CACGCACGCGCACACUAGAUAAUUGUGAGCGCUCCCUGCUGCCUUUCACAUGAUCUGAAGUGUGUGAGGCAGAGAGGGAAAGAGCCUCAGAAAAGAUGGCCGUGUGGGACCACGGUCCUUCAGUUCUGCCUUUUUUUGCCACUGUUGCCAUCUGGGUUACAUUCAUCCACUGCUCGAAUGGAAUUCCCUGGACACAAGAAAAGUUAGAGCACCGAGCGGUCACACUUACAUCCAGUGAGAUCCAGGCGGCCCUGUCACACACAGACCUGACACAAAUGUGGCAAAGGGACCUAAGGCCAUUGCUCGUGACCAGGUAUCCAAGCUCCCCAGGCAGCCAGGCGGUGCAGCAGCAUAUUAAAUCAACCCUGGGUUCUCUUGGAGCAGGCUGGGAAGUGACGGAGGAUAGUUUCAGGUCACAGACGCCUUACGGACCAUUACCCUUCACCAACCUCAUUGCCACCCUCAACCCAUUAGCCAAGCGCCGCCUUGUCCUGGCCUGUCACUUCGAUUCCAAGUAUUACCAACAACAGGAGUUUCUUGGCGCCACCGAUUCUGCUGUGCCCUGCGCCAUGAUACUGGAGCUGGCACGAGCCCUCGAUGAAGAGCUGAAAAAUCAAACGGCCUCCUUCCCCAACCUGACUUUACAAUUGAUUUUCUUCGAUGGAGAGGAAGCUCUCUACCAUUGGACGCCUUUAGACUCUUUGUAUGGCUCUCGUCAUUUAGCACAGAAGAUGGCAAACACUCCGCAUCCUCCAGAAGACACAGACACCAAUCAGCUGGACGGGAUAGAUCUGUUUGUGUUGAUGGACCUGAUUGGGGGCCCAAGUCCACGAUUCGGCAACCACUUCCCAGCCACAACGUACUGGCUCUCCCGGUUGCAGAACAUAGAAAAACGUCUCCACUCUCUGAAUCUACUUGAAAAUCAUCCUGACGAAAUGGAAUAUUUCUGGCCAGAUCGAAUUGUCGGCCGUGUUGAAGAUGAUCAUGUACCAUUCCUGACAAGAGGUGUCCGCAUCCUCCACCUUAUUCCCUCCCCCUUCCCCAAUGUGUGGCACACAUUUGAUGACAAUGAGCAGAACCUGGACCGCUCCACCAUUGAUAACCUCAACAAGAUUUUACAGAUCUUUGUCCUGGAGUACCUAAAUGCCCCACCUGCCAAUACUAUAAAUGCAAUGACAAACAUGUAAUUUUAUCAUUGUACGUCAUUUUUAAAUAUUGCACAUAUGUGAACCUAUUAUUUGAGAUGCAAGGUUGAACUUUAAACCCUGACUACAGAAACAGAUGCAUUUUGUUGACUAAUCUCGAUAAAUCAGCUCACGAGUGCUUAUGAAAUGUGACAUGUGCAACAACUUGCUCUGCAACGUUCUCUGCUUGAGCCUAAUAUCAAAGGAGUCAUGAUUUUUUUGUGAUGAUGCCUCAUAUUGUGGAAGCAAAUCUAUAUACGCUGGAUUUGAGGCUCAGGUUCAAUUUAAAUUAAAGUACCAUUUAGUAUCGUACAGCACAAAUUACAUGAUGAGUUGUGUGAUGAAGCUACACAAGAACACAUAUAAACUUGAGUGGAGUUUUAUCUUGUGAUAUGUGUGCCAGAUGGUGUAUUUUAACUACAGGUUAUGUGACAUUCUGUCUUCUACAGUUAAUCGGUUCAAUGUUCAUAGAAUAAAUCAUUCAUGGGGAUGAUGAAGAUUUACAGUGUAUAUAUUGCAACAUCUUUAGCCUUUCAUAUGCUGUCUUCUAAGAUAGCAAAAUGAAUAACAUCCUGUGCUGUUGUACUUCAUUUGCCUACCUUUAUUUAUUUUUGUGAUUAUUAAUUUUAAUCUGAUUUGAUAAGGGGCAAUGCCAGAAGUGUACUGUCUGUACCAUGAGUCAGAAAUAAAUGUUGCAUCACAAUACAAGGAAGU